AGGACUGAAUAUUUUCUUUGACUCUGUAGUGGUCUUCAUAUCAUCCCUUCAUUUUCGACAAGAUAGAAUUUAUAUUAGAGAGCUACUGUGGUGCGAGUGACGGGAACCUACCAACAAUCAGGACCGACUUUAUCAAGUCCCAGCAGGGCCUAUGUGUUGACUGUUUCUGCUGUAACGUUAGUCUCAUCGCUUGUGCCGAAUCAGGAUUGUUUGCCACUGUGCACCAACUGGGUUAUCGUGAAAAAAUAACAUCAUUAACUCUUGAUGAUAUACUGAAAUAGUACACCAAUAUGAUUAAUCCGUACAUGGACAAUCCACAUACGCCUUUGCCCCCGGGAGCAUUGAAGCUGAGUCCCCCACAUCACAUGAAUGAUGGAUUACACAAUCAGUCGAGUCCACCACAGUACACUUCUCAGGCAAAUGGCUAUGGUGCCACCCAUUCGCACUUAGGAAGUUAUGCUGCAAGAGACUUUUUGUUUAGAAGGCCUGAUAUUGGUCUACCAAGUCAUGAAACAGGCGGAACCGGACACCAUGGAGGAAUGUUUUCAACAUCUGCUGGUUUCCAUUCACAUCAUCAUCCGGAGACAAAUUCUAGUCAUAUACUAUUCCCAGGUAUACACGAUGCUUCACACCAAGCACCAUCUCAUCAUUUGAACAAUCAAGUCCGUUUUGGACUUCCAACACCACCGGAUGUUUAUCCCAGGACGGAUCAGUUUGGACAGUUUCCACCACGAGCGGACCACUACGCACAACAUUAUAACAUGGGUCCUAUUAACUCUUUAAAUCAUAUGAACAUGGGGCCACAUGGACCAGGAGCAUUUUUUCGUUACAUGAGACCACAGAUCAAACAGGAGCACACAUGUUUAUGGACAGACAUUGAACAGCCAGAGCCAAAAAAGCCUUGCAAUAAAGUUUUUAAUACAAUGCACGAAAUAGUGACUCAUAUUACUGUGGAUCAUGUUGGAGGUCCAGAGCAAACAAAUCAUACUUGUUUUUGGCAGGAAUGUGCUCGGGAACAGAGACCUUUUAAGGCAAAAUAUAAACUGGUCAAUCAUAUUAGAGUACACACCGGAGAAAAGCCAUUUCCGUGUCCGUUUCCGGGAUGUGGAAAAGUCUUUGCUAGGUCUGAAAAUCUUAAGAUCCACAAAAGAACACACACAGGAGAAAAGCCGUUCCGUUGUGAAUUCGAAGGAUGUGACAGGCGAUUUGCAAAUAGUUCUGACCGAAAGAAACAUUCGCAUGUUCAUACCAGUGAUAAACCCUAUGUAUGUAAAAUUAGAGGUUGCGACAAGACGUAUACUCACCCAAGUUCUCUCAGGAAACAUAUGAAAAUACACGGGAACAUUUCACCUAGUACCGAAAUGAAAGAUUCGGACGAAGAAAUAAGUCCGCCUGAAUGUGACAUUACAGCAAGCUCGCCGCCGAAGGAAGUGAAGAUUGAACAAGUGACAGGAAGUCAGGAGACUACAACUUCACCAUUAUCAAAUGCUUCGUCUGUCGACAUUCAUCGAAAUGACAAUGUAAGUUUAGGACAGUCCCAUCAAACGAAUAUCAAUGAUUGGUACGUUUACCAAGGAUCAAACCACGGACUUGCUAAUUUGAGAAAUGAAAACGAACAUUCUGCCUUCAGUUCUAUGGGACAUUUAUCGAACUUGCAUCCGCCACCUAUCGCACAAUAUUCUUGAUCAACACUGACCAAUGCACAAAGGUGCAUGGAUAGAAGACAAACGAACUUACAUGUAUUGUUUUGAUAAGUAAUAAUUAAAUUAUUUUAUUUCUAUAGUUGUCAAGAUAACAAAUAUGUUUCUGCAAAGCAUCAUUCAUCAAUGUGGACCCAGACCCAUUUCAGUUAUGGUCAAACGUCUGAAAUUACAUAAGACAUUCAUUAUUGCACUACUUUACUACCUUACUAAAAAGCGGAAGGGGCGCUUGAUGUCUCUAUAGUAAUUCUAUUUGCGUUGCUAAUCAAGCACUAUCAUGAAAACAGCUUUAAUACAACACAAAAACUCCAACAUGUAUACAUAACAAUAAUUCAGCAGCUUUCAUACACAAUUAUUCAUUCAUUAAUAUGCGCACUAUUUUGAUCACGCGCAUGAUAUUUCUUAAACUUGAUCAUAUUAAAUAGUUUAAAAUUUUGUGGCUAUUCACGCCCUAGUACAAUUCCCCAAUUAAACAAGACAAAAAAAACAUACAACUCUAAAACCGAACCCUUUUUUUUUGGUGGUUGAUAUUUAAUAGAUUUUCAAACGAAACGCCAUACAUAAAAUAUACAAAAGAUCUGUUUAUUAAAAAUUAAAACAGCUCUGGAGUAAGCCUCUACGUGUAUCAAUUUUCUUAUCUAUGGUGAAUACUUUUAAGAAUUUAUUUACAUAUACCAACUUUAGAUUUCAACAAACCUUUGUCAUAUAGUUUCUACGCAUGAAGAUUGACACAGAGCAGUGCUUUACUUUCAAAGAUAUUAUACAGCCCCACCUUUUGGAAAAUCAUGUUCAUAGUACCGUAAAAACUUUUCACAAUUGCAUACUUAAGGGAAUUGUUAGUAAAAUUUGACGUAGUCUUACCCCCUUUCACCCUUUUUGGAAAUUCUCAGUGUUGUAAAUCGUAGAACCACUAAUGCCAAUACUGAACCCCAAGUAAUAGAGUGUAGUAAGUAAAUUUGAUUGGUUCAGACGAGUUUGGGCGAGCAAAGUUUACUUAUUAUAGUGCACCUGGCUUAGAAUGUAACCAUACUUUCCAUAAAUCCAUCUUAGUGCAUAUAUGAUGUGUAACAGCAGGACUCAAUAUAUGCAAAUAAUUGGCCAUGCUGUUUGUAACAACUGGGCUAUCUGGCUAUAUGCAUGUUUUUUUAUUGUGUAUUAAACUUUUACGAUAGAAAAAAAGUUUGAAGGCAAUCAAAACUGGUUUAACCUAACCCCAUUUCAUUUACUGCCUGCUCUAAUUUAGGCUAUCUGUACCAUGUGUUGUUUGUUUUCUCCGUCUAUUUGUUCGGAGGAGAGACCGUUUUUGGUUGGUGUGGUCUAGUGGACUGUCCUAAAUAUAUAAACUCAUCAUAGAUACCAGGCUUAAAAUUCCGCCAGGCGCGCGUUUCGUCUACAAAAGACUCAUCAGUGACGCCCCAAUAAAAAAACGUUAAAAAGACCAAAUAUAUCUUUUUGGUAAUUCUUACUACCCUUUUAUGCAUUACACUGACAGAGAAUUCAUGUUGACAUAUUUGAAUGUAAAAGCCAGCUGUCUUGUAGUGUCUACACAUGCAAGCGAUGUGAGAAACAGAACAGUGCUAUACUUUCAAGGUUUUAAAAAUUGUGUUCUCAUUACCGUAAAAAAAAACAUUUUUACAGUCAAUCCCUCUCUUAUCAGAAAUAUUGGUGUAUAAAACUUCUGGAUGCUCAUCCUCUUGUUUGCAUGACUGGUUCCGGCAAUGUUGAAUGUUGAAUAUCUAGUAAUAGUUUAAUAAACUAAAUAAAAUGUUCCUGACAGUUA